AUGAAUCAAUCCAACUACUAAAAUAAUUUCUAUCUCUCACCAAAUAUCUCUAGAAAAAAUACCUAUGAGAUUUCUACUAGAUACAGUGCCAUAAAUCCUAUGCAAUAAUCUUAAUUUAUGGAAGAAGAUCAAGUCCAAAAUAUUAUAACCUCUACUUCUAAUUAUAAUCCAGCCUAAUCUUUGAACGCUUGUUCUACCUAAGAAUUGAUCAGCUAAAUUCAAAGAGCUAACUAAUCUGUAUGCUAAAUGACUAACGAUUUAAGAAAUUUCAACGAUUCUAUCCGUAAGAGAACUGGCUUAGAAGACACUAGAAAGUCUACUUACUCUUUAUAUUAAAAUUCCGUUUCUCCUAUCUCUAAUGGCAACAUGAAUGCCACUAACAUUGACUGCUCAUUCCCUUCUCCUGUUUAAAAGACUUCAAGAUCUUAUACCUCUCAUGCCAACUAUCAUGCAGAAAUUCCUUUUUCAGUCUCUUAAAACUUGAAUGCCCCUCUUAGAUCAUCUCAAUACAUAGAAAAUUUAAGAAAAUCAACUAACAAUUUAAAAUAAUCUGUUGCCCCAGAAACCAAUCCUCUUCGUGUUUCUACUUUCCAUGAUGGAAACUAAACAGUAAUUAAUUUCCCUUUCUUGAGCUAUUCCAAAGACAAUCAAGAUGAAGAAAUAGCUGAUACCAGAGCCAACUACAAGUCAACUACUUAAACUCCCAGAUAAAAGGAGGAAGAAGAAAAUGCAACCAGAAGAUAUUAUGUUAAGCAUGAUGACCUUGAAUACGAAGAAUACGAAGAUUUUGAAAAUCCUUCAAAUAACUACAAAAAGAUUAAAUAUCCCUACACUUCAAACUGGCAAACUAUCUACCAAGCUCCUGAGUUUAUUUAAAAUAUCAUCAAUUUAUAAAAGAAUCGCUCUGAGCUCUCAGAAGUUGAACAAAGCUAACAAUUAGUUGCUAAUCAAUAGACAGUAUAAUAACAAGAAGCUGUUAAAUACUCCAACUAUUUACCAAAAUAAUCUAUUAACUUAUUAGAUGACACACAAUAUAGAUCCUACGUUGAAACCAAUAAUACUCUCUCUGGUUCAUAUAUUUCUAGCAGUGUAAAUAACAUUCCUUACAGCAGCUACUAUUGA